AUGCUGCGCGGCAGUCUGCAAUCCUUGGCCUCCCUGCGCUAUCGUCGCCCGUACUGGAUGCUGUUUCUGAAGAAUGUUGACAACUGGAAGAUUUACACCGUCAUUCAGCAGCCGGACCACCAGCGCACAGAGAUGUUGUACCAGGCGUGGCUGGGGGGACUUGAUAGGCCGUACACCCGGCCGAAGUGUAUGGCGAAUCAGCCGCUUUGGCUCAGCAAGAAGCGCCACAUUUUACGCAAAGACAGGCUGGACGGGCCAGAAACGCCGCUCGAGAAGUACGUCUUGGAGUGGUAUAGGCGGUUUCACUCAUUUCAGGGAACCGAGCGCCCGACGGCGGAUGACCUUCACACCGCGCUUGACCUUGUGGAACGGCCUCUCGACCUCAGUUAUGCGUUUCAGCUUUUGAAUCAGUGUCGCAACAUCAACAAUAUUCGUUUCGCAAAGGACACCUUUCUUGUCUUCCUAGAGGCAUGUCUGCGCGUUGAUCGCAAAGACUGCGCCGUGUAUGCCGCAGAACAUGCCGAGGCGUUGGGGUUUUGGCACAUUGACGAGGAUCAUCUCCGGUACUUGCGCGGGGAGCAGAGCUGGUAUAGGCUCUCACCCCUGGACAACAUGUACUACCCACUAGAGGAAAAUGUGGAGCUGAACGCGCGGCGUUCGCCGCCGACAUCGGCGGGUGUUGUUGAAGGCACUGCGGGACCCACCGAUUUUUCGGCGGCGGCCACGACGGCGACGGAGGGCGCUGCCGCUGCGCUGGGCGCGGAGGAGGCCGAAGUGAAGGCCGGGUUGGCGGAGGAGGGGGCGGCCGCGGCGCCCGUGGACGAUGAGAUUGCCCGGCUCGAGGCGGAGUUGGCCGCGCUGGAGGAGGAGGAGGAGGGGGCGAUCGGCGGCGGCGGCGCCGGAGGCGGUAAAGGGCACUGA